AAAGAAGUUUUGGUAUGACAGCCCUACCCUGGGACCUAAAACGAUGUAUAAACCAACCAAGUUUGCGUCUGUAAUGAAAGAUGACCAGACAAAAACUAGGAAAGAAGAUAACAUACGCUGCAGAGUCUUGAAUAGUCUUAUUCAUAAAGCUGUGGCAGAGAUGAUGAGCACCUGUGAAGUUAAUCAAGAACUUUAUGAUCUCAAGCUGGAAAUCUGCAAGGUGUCCCUGGCAUCAAACUUUUCAGCCUGUCGUGUCUACUGGAAUCCUGCUGCUACUAUGGAGAAACAAAGUUAUGUUGAAAGUGUACUGCGGAAGAGUGCUCCACGUAUACGGUAUCUUCUGAAGAGUCAGCAGAUUCUAGGAAACGUACCCCCAGUAAUAUUUGUAAAAGACAAAGAAACUGCAGCUGUAAAAGAGAUUGAGGAAUUGUUGUCAAUUGCUGACUUUGGACCUCCAGAAGAAGUAGAAACAUUAUCUCAAAAUUGUUCUAGCAAACCCUUCUCUGCGGCAACUCAGUCUUCGGCUUCACCCAUGCGAUCUAACCUUUUUGGUGUCGAUCAUGAACUGCUGAAUAAGCAGAUAAUGGACUACAAAAGACUGAAAGUGUCAAGAGAUAGAGAAGGCAUUGCCUGGACAGAAGAACGGGAGCAGCAGCUUCCUAGGAUUCAAAAGAAAAUGAAGAAGAAGAAACCAAGGGAUCCUCCCGAUGAUGACAUUACCCCCCAGAAAUACUUACUGGACAAAGCCGAAGCCGAUUACUGGGAUGAUAACACUGAAUCAGUCUCAGACUACGAGCUGGGGGAUGAAUUACAGGAAGAGGUAAACGAAUGGGAGGCGGAUGAUGGGAAAACAAGUCAGCCUACUCGUAAACUGAAAUGA